AUGCUCCUUCGGCAGAGCUUGUUGCAUUUGCUACCAGGCAUUCCAAUCCCACCAGAGCUGCUCUUCGAUGCACCGUCCGUUGCAGAGCUUGUCCCUGUCUGCUUUGUAGAGCAGAAUCCGAUCGCUGCCAUGGGAAACAUUUGCUACACGACCGGCACAGAUGGCAAAGGCUUCGAGUUCAGCUUUGCCAACAUUCGGGCUAUGCGCCGCAAGCGCGAGGAGAAGGCCUUGCGCAGCGCGGGUUCCGAGCUGAGUGAGCCCUAUACAAUCGACUGGAGCAAAGCAAGGAGCACGAAUUGGCAGUUUGAGGAGGUCAAGGGCCCAGGUUCCUUCUUCUACAAGUUCGCUCCUGUUAUCGACAAGGUUCAAGGCCCGAUCGAGGAAGGCCGGACGAAGCUGAGAGAGAGACCCUCAGAAUUUGAGGGACUGAUGUACCAGAGCAAUAUGGUGGAUUGGCCCAAGGACCAGCAAAAAUAUGACCUCAUAAAGCGCACAGAAAGUGGAUACAGGUUCAAGCCGGGCACAGAGCCCAACUUCACUUUCGUGCAGGCAAAGUACAUGGCCCUCAAGCCUCAUUCAGAGAUCGGCGAGUUUGAGCGUGAUGCUUUCACUGACAAAAUGCACUUCCGUGGCCAGCGCCUGGCAGCCGCAUGCCACCCUGGGCGCGGGCAAGGUGUCUGCGAUGUGCCGCACAUCAAACUCAUCGGUGAGAUCCAUCCCAAUGAUAUCGUGCAGGGCUCUGUGGGAGACUGCUGGCUGCUCUCCGCCAUCUCCGCGCUUUCCGAGUUCGAGGGUGCAAUCGCCAAGAUCUUCCGAAAAACGAACCAGAUCGACCGUCUGCCUCGUGACGCGCCCACCAAGUACACCGUCACACUCUACGAUCUGAAGUCCUGGUCUCCGGUGGACAUCGAGAUCGACGAGCGCCUGUGCAUGCUGCCGGACGGGAGUGACCUGUUAGGUGCGCAUCCAAGCUACGACGCCGAGCUGUGGGCCUGUUACCUUGAGAAGGCAGUUGCCAUCCACUGCGGUGGGUGGGACGAACUGGACGGAGGGCAAUGCCCCCAUGCUUGGCGCAUCUUAACUGGUUGCAACGACCAGUAUGUCUUCAUGGAUGAUGGAGACGGGUUCGAAUGUUGGGGCAAGUUCAAUCCCAACACAGAGACUUGGGAGCCCAUGGAGAACUCAAUCAAGAAGAGCUCCCAGACCAUUUGGCGCAUGGAUUGGCCGGAGGUGGGAGGAGGAGGGGACAAGCGAACAAAGUGCGGUCACAACGAGAUGUUUGAGCGCAUGUGCGCCUGGGACGAUCAGAACUACGUGAUGGCAGCCGGUACUAAGCCGGGCUCUGACACUAACACCACAGAUGGGAUUGUGGAUGGCCAUGCCUAUACGGUCAUCACCUGCUUGAACGAUGUGGCUGGUACCACUCAUGAUCUGAUCAAGGUGCGCAAUCCCUGGGGUCGGGGCGAGUUCACCUCUGGCGAGUGGUGCGAUGACGGACCCGGAUGGAAGAAGCAUCCUGAGGUCAAACAAGUGUGCAAGCCUGUGAAUGCCAAUGAUGGCGUGUUCUGGGUCAGCAAAGAAGAGUUCUUCAAGUAUUUCAAGACCAUCUACCUGUGUGCCACGGACAUGAAGAAGUCCCAGCAGCUCCAGCGCCUCCGAACUCCCGUCGCCAGCGAGGCGAUUUUGGCUGGUGUGGCCUCUCAAAGUCCAGAGGUCACGUCAUUGCCACAGAAUCCACUGGUGAGGCCAGCUGGUGAAGCAGCUCCAGCCGAAUAUGGAAGGACGUCUGCAACAGUCCAUCCGACUGCCGUUCUGCGUGGUGAUGUAGAACUGGGUGAGGGAUGUGUCGUCGGAGAGCAUGCCAUCGUCGGCCCCAGAGUCCGUUUGGGCGCGCGCUGCCGCAUUGCCGCCAUGGCGAUUGUUGAGGAAGAUGUGACCCUUGAUGAAGACUGCGAGGUCGGUCCCCGGGGCCUCCUCCGGGGCCCGUUGGUGGCAGGAAAGCGAAACCGCUUCGACGAGGGAUGCUUCAUUGGUUGUCACAGCCCGCUUUCGGGGGCGCUCCCGAACGGCCACAUCAGCAUCGGCGACGACUGUUUGUUCGAGAUUGGUUCCAUUGUGCGGGCCCUGCUGAUGAAGAUGGGCCGGGCCAUGACCAUCAAAGUCGCUGCGGCCGAGUCCGAUCCAUCAACCCCGCUUGCUGGAGUCGAUUGCCUCGACGAGGAGGAGGAAGCUGCUUCAAGAUGGGAAAAAGAGGUGAGGCUGCCCGGGAGACCUCUGAGCCAUGAUGGUUUGUUGUUUGCUGGCGAUUCGCCCGUGAACCAGCCCGCGACGCUGAGUCCCGCCGCAGAUUCUGCCGCUUCUGCCAUGUCGCCGGGUUCCGAUCGAGGCAUCGCUCAGAUCAUGAAAAUGAAGUCCAUUCGCUCCGUGAGCUCCCGGCGCUCGGUGGGCUCCCGACGGCAUCCUUCCCGGACGGCGAAAAGCAUGGGUGACCUUUCUGUCGUCACACCGAGGCACACCGGCAAAAGCGCAAAGAACUUUCGCCGGGGUCGGAAAAGGGUGAUGGUCGCCGGCAUGAACGCAAAGAAGCCACUGGAGAAUCCGGCCGAUCGGCCUUCUCCGGAGACACUGCUAGCUUUCCUUCGUGGCUUCGGCCCUGGUCCGGAGGGCAAAGACAUCGAAGACAUCUUGGCUUGGACGUUAGACGACUGGGAGAAUCGGCACAACUACAUCCAGUGGCUCUUCCCCACGGAUGAGGAAAGUGAGUACCACCCUGAAGCUCCGGUGCUGACACCGGAGAUUCAGGAGCAGAUGCUGGUCGAUUCGGCAGUUGAAGACAGUUUGAUCCGGUCCUUCGAGAAGUUCAUGCAGUUCCUGGGCCUGCAGAUCACCUACCUGGACGAGGAGCCGCAGGAGGUGGCCGUAGCGGCAGUGAACUCUCUGAGCACGCUGAGCGGCGCAAGCGAGGUGAGCCCUCAAACCCCAAGCGAUGUACCGGCACGCAAAGUGGCAGUGACUGUGCGGAAGGCAUCGAGUUUUCGCUCAAGGCGAAUCGAUUGCUGGGUCGUGAACUGCCCUGAGGGCAAUCACAAUUGGUUUCGAAUAUCUCGAGUCUUAAUCAGCUUGAGACUUUUGGGGCUGCUCGAUGAGGCAGAGGCUUUCUACCUAUGCCUCGAACAGCUGUGGGCUGACGGCGACCUCCCUGGUUUCGCGGUCCACUCCAUGCGAAUAUGGCGCGAGUGCGCUGGCUUAGAGAGCCGACCCCUGCCCAAGCGGCGCAAGCGCAAGCGGGGACCCUGCGCGUGCAUUAUUUCUUAA